CCAAGUGGUAAGCCAACACCCGACCCGGAGGAGAUAAGCCAAUCGGACGUGCAACGGUUUCAGCCAAUCACACGCGUUGGUUUCCAAAAGCUCAGCUGUGACGAACAAAGAAAGCUAACCCGGAAACUUGCAAACGGCGGAACAAUAGUCCUUGAAGCAGGCUGGACAAUGGAAGACAUUGCAGAGCACGUCGUGGAUCUGGGCUCAAUAACGGUGAUUGAGGAUGCAGACCUGGAGUCUGUCCACACAGAAGAGGAGGAAGAUGAGGAGGGGACUCUGCUGAGAAUAAUCAUCCCUGAUAUGCAGGAGCCUCCCAGUCCUGAGUUCAAUGCUGUGAAAGUCUCUCUGGAGAAAAGAGUCAAGCCAGAAAGAAGAUAUCCAACAGCUUCCACUGGCGCUGAGACACCGGAACAAGAACAAGAAGAUGCACCCUGUCCAUCUCCGAGCUGUGAGGUCAGUGUGGAAGAAGUGGACCUUGGCAAGGUGAAGGUAGAAGCAGGUGCCCCGGAGGAAGGAGAGCACCCAGCCGUGUCCUCUCAGAGCACAGCCCCCUCAGACCUGCUCCCCGAUGGGAGCGCCUUCAGCAGCAGCAUGCCGGCCGGCUCCAAUGACCUUGUCGACUUCACAGCGAUCAACAAGGCAGGGGGCCAGUUCCACUGCGUCCUGUGCGACCGCUACUUCACCAGAAUGACCAGCCUCAAAGUGCAUGAGAGGAUCCACACUGGGGAGACGCCCUACGUGUGCAGCGAGUGCGGAAAGCGCUUCAAAGCCUCGGGGAAGCUGAAGAUCCACCAGCGGCUGCACACCGGCGAAGCCCCAUACCACUGCAGCGAGUGCGGGCAGAGCUUCAAGCAGUACGGGACCCUCAAAACACACCUGAGGACGCACACCGGGGAGACUCCCUACCAGUGCUCUGAGUGCGGGGACAGCUUCAGCCAGUUGUCCAACCUCAAGACCCACAAGCGCAUUCACACGGGCGAGGCGCCAUACUGCUGCCCGGACUGCGGGAGGGGUUUCAAGGACUCGGGGAAGCUCAAGAUCCACAGGAGGCUGCACACGGGGGAGAUGCCCUACAGCUGCAGCCACUGCGGGAAGAGCUUUCGUGAAUCGGGCAACCUGAAGCGGCACCAGCGCAGCCACACGGGCGAGGCGCCCUACCGCUGCACCGUCUGCAGUAAGAGCUUCCGCAGGAUGGAGACACUGCGGGAGCACCAGCGCAUUCACACGGGUGAGACCCCGUUCGGCUGCACGCUCUGCGGGAAGCGCUUCACGCAGAUGGGGAACCUGCGGACGCACCUGCGCAUCCACAGCGGAGACACGCCAUACCGCUGUGGUGACUGCGGCAAGAGCUUCAGCGACUCAGGGAACCUGAAGACGCACCGGCGCAUUCACACGGGCGAGACACCCUUCCCCUGCGCGGUCUGCGGCAAGAGCUUCACGCAGCGGGGCUCGCUGCGCACGCACCAGCGCAUUCACAGUGGAGAGGCGCCCUUCCCCUGCACCAUGUGUGAUAAGCGCUUCAGGGACUCCGGGAACCUGAAGAUUCACAUCCGCACUCACACGGGGGAGGCACCCUACCCAUGCACAGAGUGUGGGAAGAGCUUUAAGGACUCGGGCAAUCUGAAAAGACACCAGCUGAUUCACGCCAGGGCUUUGGCUGCGGCUACCAAGUAAAAUGCGCACCCACCCACGUGAUGGAUUUCCUUUUUUUUUUUUUUUUUUGUAAAAUACGUAUCAAUGGUGGGAUCGAAUAAAAGGAAGGUUGUGGAAUAAAGACAGUGGGGUCUCCCAACUCCCAGGUGUGUGGUUAUCUCAAUGUAACCAUAGUUACUACAGUGCUGUAUUGCUGUUAUAAGUCAGGUAAUUCACUAUAGCUAUUUCAGUGGACAUGUUUGUUUAAUUUUUUUUUUUUUUUUUUGGGUACAGUGUGUUAUGUUCAAGGACCUGACAGUAAUAACGGCUAUUUUGGUUGGUUCUUGAACUUGGAACUCCUGAACUGUUACUUAAGUACACAGAAUACCUGAGCAGCAGUAUAACCUGCAGUUUGGAACUCUUUUAUUUAAUGGUGUUAAUAAGCAAUUGUAAAUUAUUCUCAUUUUUAGGAUGGUUAAAGAGUAAGUAGCGGGGUUCCACAUCCCCACGUGUUGCUACAACUGUUUAAAUAACAUACCUGCAAUUUUUAUUUUCAUUGUUAACAUCCUGACAACUUUUUACACUUAUAACUUUAAAGUCCGUUUCAAAGCGGUUUUCAAAACGUCUGCUCUAGUACUUUGAUAGUGUCUGGAUUGUUGUCCACAUUGUCAAACAGCUAACACAGCAAUAACAAUCCAUGAUGUGGUACGGAACAGAAAAGCCAGAGCACUUAUUAUGUGUUUUUUUUUUUGUUUUUUUGUUGUUUUUUUGUAAUUGCUCUUCCUGCAGCCUCUACUAGCUUCUUAAUAGAACCAGAACUAGCAGCAACUUUUUACAUCUAUCAUUUUAAGAUAUCUGCAAGUCCCAAAUUAAAGCAUACAACUAAAACAAAGAACACACAAACACAGAAACCUUUUUCCAGUUUAAUUCUAUAGAACAUGUUUAAUCAUUUGGACUGGCUGAGCUGGUUUCUACAAAGCUGGACUGGUUUGAAUUACAGUCUCCACUAGAAAAGUUUGUACAGGUGUUAUGCCACACCUUCAAAAAAAAAACUAAAUCAUUACAUUUAUGAACGAAGGAGUUGAAACAUUUAUUUGCUUUACUAGAAGUCUUUCUCAGCGGCUUCAGUGUAAAUUCAAUGGCAAACGUUUCCACUAGAAGUCUUUCUCGGUGUCUUCAGUGUAAAUUCAAUGGCAAGGUUUUUGCUGCUGAGGUAAGCCUUGAUUGCUUCAUCCACCUUUCCGAGGCUACCCCUAGAAAUAAGUAGUUGAUGCAAUCCAGAGUUCUUCCUUUGUGCUGUAAAAUCGACAGGAAAACACAUCUGUGUUGUAUCCCAGCAGGCUAAAGACUGAUCAAGUCAACCUCUUGUUUUUUUAGACGUGUUUCAAAGUCUCUUCUGUUACAAAGUAGAACAAGAAAGCAUUGUAUGAUUACUGUGGGGUGCUGCAGAGCAGUCUGCAAUAGCACUGUAGAUCUGCUAGCCUACUGUAGGAGUGGGUCAAUAAUAUAAUAAUAACCUUUAAUAAUAAGAUACUUCAGCACAAUACAGUCUGCUUUCUGUGGUUCUUGCUGUGUGCUGAGUGAAAUACUGUUCAGCUGAAUGAAUCUACUAAACUGAUACCAAUGAACUGACAUCGAAUCAAAAGACAUGUAGGAUGGGACGGCCACAAAUGAAAUGUUUGCUACGGAAGUAGUUCACCUUUAAAUGAAGCUACCAUAGGGGGUACAUUUGCAGAAAUGAAAUUGCUUACAGUGAUAAUUUCAUAAAUCUCCCUGCCUUGUUCUUUUCAUUACUGACUAGUUUUGAAAGAAGUUUUGACAUGUGUGCAUUUUGAAACAGAAAUCUGGCACACUGGGUCAAAGUAGUUCUCAGUUUUCUUCCCUUGCCUUACAGAAAAUUGAUUACUGCGUCACUUCCUCUGUGAUUUAACCCCUGCAGUGUUAUCUGGGUCAAUGCGACUUGCUGGCUACAAAGCAUGUCAGUCAUUCAUCGAAGCAGCUGGUUGGUUACUUCGUUACUGACAGGAAAGAAGGCUGUGAAGGAGUUGGGACAAUUUUACUCUGUGUCACCCACGAAGUGCAAGACAAUCUGACAAAUUGAGUUUUUCAAACAGGGAUUUUUUUUAAAGCUGUACUAUGAUAUGUUGUAAAAAAAAAAAAAAGAACUGUUCUCUUGAGCCAUAUGUAAUUCAUUAUUAUUUUAGCUGCACUUACUUUAAAGGUGAAACAACUUCCAUAGUAAAUAUCAUUAUUAGCCAUCAUUUGUAGGUGAAACUCCCAUCAUCCCUUAGUCUAAAAAUAUAACAAGUGUAGUGGUACAUUUCUCCUACAGCCUCUCACAUUCUCUCUUUGUGUUUUGGGGUGCUUCAAUGGAUGAAAAAGACCUGUAAUAUUCAACAUCACAAAGAUUCAUACUAAAUCAAUAAUCAAUUAAACAUAUGUUACCUAUUAGAUACAGGGGGCAUCUGAUUCUAAUAAAAUGGUACAGCAGUUAUGGUACCCCAUAUAUUCAGUGCAGUAUUUGAAACUGAGGUGUAAUGCCAGAUUUUCAGCACUAGAGGCGCACAUAUCACAAAAAUAUUUUGGAGUCUAAAAAGUGCAAUGGAGCCUCCAGUGAUUACCAUGGAAUAUUUAUACUUGCUGUAAUAUCAUAUCAUAGAUUUAUAUAUAUAUAUAUAUAUAUACAUUGAUUAUCUUAUAGGAUGGAAGUGUGUGUAUUCUACCAACUUGUAAGUAUAUAACCUUCCUCAUACGAAAGCAUAAAAGAGCUGUAUUGAUGUGUUACAAAAAACAUUUUGUUUAGAAAGAGUUCAUCAUGAAGUAAAAACCUCCCUGGAAAGCACCAUCCCAGCUGUUUUCCAGGAUGCUCUUUAUUACAUUAGGAUGUAUAGAGAGAUUUUUGCUCAGCUUGGAUGUUUGUUUGUUUUUUGACCACUUUAAAUAUAUUGGUUUCAGUAGCGAUACAGAACACAAGGUGUACAAUGCUCAAUUUACUUUUGAUCACAAAUGUUUGCAUUGUCAAAUGUUUGCAUUUUUCCAAUUCACUUUAUACAUGCCAACUGGAUUUUGCUUGUAUCUCAUGUAAAGCAGACAUCCGUUAAUUCGUGCAGAUAGGGAUCGAAGUGUGCCAGAAUAAGUAGAAAACACAAAUUAGUAUGCAUAACAAUAUAGCCCUGUGCUGACAUUAGUUACAUUACACACCUACCGGUAUAUCUGCUGUUCAGAGGCAGAGGAAGCUGGUUUAAAAAUGCCACUCAUCUUGCUUUGUCUAUUUUUUGUCAAGCUAUUGAAGCUACAUUAAUAAAUGAGAAACAGAACAAACUUACUGACUUCAGAAAUGUAAGGAGACCCACCCCUGCAACAGAGACAAUGUGUAUGUAUUGAAACAUCAAAACUGCUUCUUUCAGAAACAUCAAAACUGCUUCUUUCAUUACCACCUGUACAUAAAACCCCAGAAAAGAACGUAGUCUGUUAUUACUUAGUUAUAUACAGUAUUUUACACAAUAAAAAACAUGUUAACCCUG